AUGUCUUCACUAAUUAAGAUGACUCUGGUUUUGAAUCUCUUACAUCUUUUGUUCUCAACAGCGUCAGUUCGUUCUAAUCAAAGUGUGUUGCCGAUCAGAUCCUUCAAGAUAGGUGAAAAUGCUACAUAUGAUUGCAUAGAUAUCAACAAGCAACCAGGACUUGGUCAUCAUCUGCUCCAAAACCACACAAUCCAGAUGAAACCAUCAGUUUCAAGACAUGAACUAAAGAAUCACAUUGAAAACAACAAAUCAUAUUCGAAGAAAAUAGGGUGUUCAGAUGGAACCGUUCCUAUAUUGAGAAUCUCAAAUGAAUACAAUACCAAGGCACAAUUUUUCGCCGAGAAGUAUUUACAUCCGCUAACAGGCGAUACUCCUGGAGUACAUAUUGUUGGAGUAAGAUCGCGUGCUGGUCCAUAUCGUGGAGUAGAAGCUUGGUAUAAUGGAUAUAAGCUAAGCAUUGAAAGAAACCAGGCUUCAUAUAGUGAAAUGUAUAUAGGUAGUCGGUUGAAUAACCAAGUCAAUUUUAUCCAAGCCGGUUAUAUUAUAAAUCCAAGUUUCUUUGGCACCGAUCAACUUUGGACAUAUGGAUAUUUUAAAGGUAAAGAUGGAAAAGGAUGUUACAAUACAGCAUGUGAUGGGUUUAUUCAGGUAUCAAGAAAAAUUCCUAUAGUCCAACCCAUAAACAUUAACCCAGGAGACCCUGAUUGGUCGCGUUGGUCUAUCCAUGAGGAUAAAGUAACAGGAAAUUGGUGGCUUACGCAACUCAUAAAAAAUGCACCCAGCGUAGAUAUUGGAUAUUGGCCCAAAGAACUAUUUAACAUUUUGAACAAGAGUGCUAAUAUAGUUGGAGUUGGAGGUAUAGUUCGUGCUUCUCAGAAUUCAAGUCCCCCGAUGGGUAAUGGUAAUUUUCCAGUUGGAACCCGAAAAAAUUCAGCAAUGUUUACAAAUAUUGAAGUUUUGGACUCCAACUAUAGCAGUCAUAAAAUGGAUCAUUUUCCUACGGAGAUUAUAGUUGAUAGUCCACAAUGCUAUAACAUAAGAAUUGGUAAGGUGCAACCAUUUCAUCGUACACGACUUGGUUUUUUUUUCAAUUAUGGUGGUCCGGGAGGACACUCUUGUGGAGUUUAA